AAGUGUCAGUCCAUAAUCAAAAUUCGCCGUGUUCACAUUUGUCUAAAUUUAGUAAAUGGCCACCGGACUCGUUUCUCUCCCCAUCGGCAUAGAUUUAGGCACGACGUAUUCAUGUGUUGGUGUUUUCUCGAACGGAACUGUUAAUAUCAUUGCAAACGAUCAAGGAAAUCGCACAACUCCCAGUUUCGUCGCUUUUACGGAUGUGGAAAGACUUGUCGGGGACCCUGCAAAGGGUCAAGUGGCUCUGAAUCCCGAAAACACCGUCUACGAUGCGAAAAGAUUAAUAGGACGAAAAUUCAACGACCCGGCCGUCCAGCACGACAUGAAAUUGUGGCCCUUCCAAGUGAUUAACGAUAACGGGAAGCCGAAAAUUCGAGUCCGGUACAAGAGCGAAACGAAGACUUUCUUCCCGGAAGAAAUCUCGUCAAUGGUCCUCGGCAAGAUGAAGGAGACGGCGGAGACCUAUCUCGGCACGCAUGUCACGGGGGCGGUUAUCACCGUCCCGGCGUAUUUCAACGACUCCCAGAGGCAGGCCACGAAGGAUGCCGGGACCAUAGCAGGCCUUGAUGUGCUGAGGAUCAUCAACGAGCCCACGGCGGCCGCCAUCGCCUACGGCCUGGACAAGAAGGGUGGCGCCGAGCGAAACAUUUUGAUUUUUGACUUCGGCGGUGGCACUUUCGACGUCUCGAUUCUGAACUUGGCUGAAGGAAUUUUCGAAGUGAAAUCGACUGCUGGUGACACCCACUUGGGUGGAGAAGAUAUCGACAGUCGUAUGGUCGAUUUUUUCACCGAAGAGUUUAAGAAAAAGCACAAAAUCGACUUGAAAAGCAAUAAGAGAGCUUUGAGACGUCUUCAAACCGCGUGCGAGCGUGCUAAAAGGACGCUAUCUUCGGCGACUCAAGCCAGUGUCGAGAUUGACUCCCUGGCAAAUGGUGUCGAUUUUUAUACGAAUAUUAGUCGUGCAAAGUUUGAAGAACUCAAUGGGGAUAUUUUCCGGAGGACACUGGAGCCGGUGGAGAAAGCAUUGAGGGACGCCAAAAUCAACAAAAACAAGAUAGACGACAUCGUGCUCGUCGGCGGUUCGACCCGAAUCCCCAAAAUCCAGUCACUCCUCCAGGACCUAUUCCAAGGCAAAGAACUGAACAAAUCAAUCAAUCCAGACGAGGCUGUGGCAUACGGGGCGGCCGUGCAGGCGGCCAUCCUGUCAGGAGAUAAUUCAGAAGCCGUCCGUGAUAUUCUCCUCCUGGACGUGACUCCUUUGUCUUUAGGAAUUGAAACGGCCGGCGGCGUUAUGGCUGUGUUAAUACAGAGAAAUACCACCAUUCCUGUAAAACAUUCACAGAUAUUUUCUACUUUUGCUGACAACCAGCCGGGGGUCUCAAUCCAGGUGUACGAAGGUGAAAGGAGUAUGACACGUGAUAACAACUUAUUAGGGAAAUUCGAGCUCAUGGGUAUUCCGCCGGCUCCGCGAGGUGUUCCCCAAAUCGAAGUGACAUUCGACGUGGAUGCCAACGGUAUUCUUAACGUAACAGCAAUAGAAAACGCCACCGGUAAAACCAAUCGAAUAACCAUCAAAAAUGACAAAGGUCGACUGACGAAAGACCAAAUUGAGAAAAUGGUCACUGAAGCUGAAAAAUUCAAAGAACAAGACCAACAAAUGAGGGCAACAAUUGCGAGCAAAAAUGAUUUAGAGGCUUAUGUCUACCAAAUGAAGAACUUGGCCGACGACUCGACUGUGGCUUCGAAAUUAUCAACAUCCGAUAAAACACUAUUGAAUAACACAUGUAAGGAGGCAAUUGAGUGGAUGAAUAAAAAUCAGAGUGCUACAGAAGAGCAAUACGUGCGUAAGAAGGAAGAAAUCGAAAUUAAAUUAAAACCGAUCAUUAUGAAAUUGUACGCGGGACCUGGACAAUCAUCACAAAGACAAUUUCCAACGCAUGGUAACAAUGAUAGAGGAAAUGGGCCGAUAAUUGACGAAGUUGAUUGAUUUUUUCCACAUUUCUGUUUCCCUCCAUUUUGUGAAAUUGACACGAUCGGUAAUAUCACUCCCUGUUAAAAGUUUGAAUUUCUAUUUCCCAAAUCAAAAUUUAACAAAAUUUUAAUAUUUCAUAGUUUACAAUAUUACUAAAAAAGACGCAAUAAUGACAAUCCACAUUUCUAUUUUUCUCCAUUUGUUAAAAUUGACACGAUCGGUAAUAUCACUCCCUGUUUCAAACAAUGGAAUAUAACCAAAAAAUGAUUUCAGAGUUUAUGAAGCUCGGGAACGUUGAUAAAAAAGACGCAACUGUCGGCCUCCAAGUUUAUUUAGAAUUGUGUGAAGUAAGGAAAUACUGGGAUGUUGUGGCGCGUUAUAAGCCCGAAGCCCAGUUGCUGUACUUCACUGCGAAGACAAGUAAAUCGGAAAGUGACUCAUUUUUUAUCCCUAGGGCGGCAAGUGACGGACUGGGUUUUAAUCAAAUGCAAAGUUAUUUCACAUUGUGUGAUACAAGUGAUGUCAGGAGCGUUUAUUUAGGAUUGGUCAGCAGUGACUCAACUUGCGUUUUUUACCAAUUACAUGAAGGUUUGCAAACGCCGACUGACGUGAGUGCUAAACACCUGAAAUCAAACAAAGAGGAAAAACUAGAAGCGGAAAUAAAGAGAAAUAGAGACGCGAUAACGGAAGCCGCAUUGUGUGGAACUCCUGUAACAUUGAGAGAAAGUAUAAAUUAAAUUGCUUAGAUAAACACGACUUUAUUCAUAUCGUAAAUAUUUAGUGAUGUAAAGAAUAUAAAUAACAUUAUUUACUGAAGUCAGCUUAUACAUGUUUGUAUUAAAACUUACAUAUAAUUUAUAGGUAUAUAUUUAAAGCAUCAAAAAAUAAUAGAUUACACUAGGAUUAGUAACUAUGUACACUGAGCGUGAUCUUUUUUAAAAACAGGCACUUCCAAAUUCAGCUAUUCUCGAAUUGCAACAGUCUUGAUACGUACUGGAAGAGCAACAACUCCAGGGAAAAAUGCAACACUUUGAGUAAUAUUACUACAAGAGUAUGAAUAAAAUAUAUACAGAACAUCA